AUGAUUCAGAAUCAGAUGUGGACUACACUGAAGAAACGGACAAUGUUAUUGACACCCCAGAAUGUCUUAGUUUUCUUCAAGGGACAACCAGCAGGAGUGGGAGAACAAUCAGGCUCAGCAACAAUACAAGAUUUAUUACUGCAGGCGCAGAAAGGAAAGGUAGUGGAUGAAAGUGGUAUACCACCUAGAAUACCAGAGACGGAGCAGAUGAUAGAGACAAAAAGAGACCAGUACAAAACAACAGCUCUAAAGCCAAAGCAGUCUGCAGAUACUCACACAGCUAUAAGAAGUAAACAGCCUAGUGCAUCAGCAUCACCUUCUUCACAACAAACCCUAAGAUUUAACAAUGAACCAACAUCACCUUCACAUGAAAUAGAGACGGAGCAGAUGAUAGAGACAAAAAGAGACAAGUACAAAACAACAGCUCUAAAGUCAAAGCAGUCUGCAGAUACUCACAUAGCUAUGAGAAGUAAACAGCCUAGUGCAUCAGCAUCACCUUCUUCACAACAAAUCCUAAGAUUUAACAAUGAACCAACAUCACCUUCACAUGUUGUUAUAUCUUUGCAGUACACUAAUGGUCUGACUAUGGUUAUACACUGUUGUAUAACAUUAGUUUUCUUGGGCAUUUUCACCUUGUUUAUGGGUGUACCAUUUAAGAUUGAACAGGCUGUUGAUCAUAUUUCUAGUGAGGAGAAUGUGAUAAGGACUGUUUUUGCGAUGUUUGUAUGGCUUAUGUCAUUUUUGUUUGUAUACACAUCUGGACUGACAAUCGAGAGUGAUAUUCUAGCACCUAAUGUUGUGAAUGAUAUUGUUGAACCAAAUACACCUCUGGGUAAUUCAGGAAUUAUAGCCUCUUUUUCGAUUGGUUUCCUGUUUGGAAGAUUAACAACACCAGUCAUGAUGUCAGAUGGUACAAUGAUGGCAGCCGGCCAGAUGAUGGGAAUGAAUAUGAUGAACGCAGUUAGCAAUUUAAUGACAGGAGGAACAGUGCCACCUGUGGUGCCAGUGGCUGCAGCGACGUUGGCACCAACGUUGCCCACCCCAGCACAGAGUAUUUAA